AUGGCGUCUCGUUGGGUCAUCUUCAUCAUUCUUCUGAUGGCAUGUUCAAUACAACUCGGAUGCUCUUCUCCCAUCUUGUCGAAACGCGAGACGUCUCAAGAAGUUAAAAAGCAUUUUUUAAUUUUAAUAAAUGAGCAGCGGAGUUCAGUUGCCCAAACACUAAAAAUCGCCAACAUGAAUGAACUGGUUUGGGACAAGGAAUUAGAAAGAAAGGCGUCGAAGAUGACAUGUAAUCGAAUGGUGACUGGACCGGAUUACUCAGUCGUAGUUCUUCCUUCUGAACGAGCUAGUUCAGGACUGUCAUCAGAAUCUUGGGCGAAUCUCAAUGGUCCUACGCAAACAAAAAUUGGGUGUUUCGAUUUCCACCCACCUUGCGUUGAAACGAACGGAGCUGAUAAUGGGGGCGUUUGUCUCAUUGGGCCAAAAAAUAAAAUAAACAAGGAGGACAUCAUCUUUGGCAAACCGGGAUCCGCGUGUCCGGGGGAAACAAGGCAUGAUGGACUGUGUGUUACUCAGGUGGAACUUGUGGAACAUGAGGAAGAAGUGAAGAAACCCCCAAAGUCUGUAGAGGCGAAAAUGGACGGUGCCAACGAUACACCAUGGGAAUCGAACUCGUAUUUCGGGUCUUUAUACAUGGUCUUCUUGUGCGCAGCUAUCAUGGCUUAUGCUUCUUAA